AUUUUUUUAAAAAGUGAGAGCACACUACCAAAAAAAAAUUCACCCCUCACUUUUAGCCUGAAAUGGUACAGCCUAUUAUGUCAGCUCAAGAUUCUAUUCAAAUGAGCAGAUGAGCUGGUAGAAAUGUUUUUGUGGGCUCAGCUUACAAAGCUGCACCUAAGAAUCCUUUUAUUGGGAAAGAUGAAGAUGUGGUCAGCAAGUACACUGUGCACAAAAUUAUUUCAGGAGAGAUUCCUAAGUGCUAGGGAGCCGUGCCCUAGAACUGCUUUCAGAAUGGACCGUGCAUCCUUCAGAGGACUCACCACUGUCUCAAAAGCAGCAUUCCCUGACCUUGAAGCAUGAUUGGAGCUUGUAUGAAGAACCACAGUGGGUGUGACUUUGUGCCUGAUUUACAGCACUGUUUGCAUAUAUCUUCCUUAGCUGCAUUUUGUAUGCUUCCAUUGUCUGGAGCUUAGACACCACCAUCGUAGCUGGCGGGGGAGGCUGCUACAUUUGAUUUUGGGAUUUUUUUUGGCUGCUGUCCCUGGCUCCUGCGUCAUAGCCAGAUCCAUUUGCUUUGGGUAGAUUGACUUACUGAUACUAUUGCAGAUAGAAGGGUUCUCAUACAGUGUUACUGUUUUCUGUUUAUUGCUCAUGAAUAACAAAUUGUACAUGUUCCUGAAUAAGUGACAUGAACGUGGGCUUAAGAUCGGUUGAGCUGAACCACAAGUAAAUAGGAAGCACUGUCACGACUGAUGUAUACACAGAGGGCAGAAAAGAACUGCCUGGAUCAAAGCAAAAUUCUGUCUAGUCCAGAAGCCUAGUCUUAACUCUGGCCAGACAGCUGCCUCUGGAACCUCACAAGGAGGACGUGAAAGCCCUAGAAUCCAGUUUAUUUUAUUUUAUUUUUUAAAAAGAUUGGUAUUUUGGGGUAUUCUAAUGUCACUUUUUGGGAUGGGGGUGGCGCUGUGGGUUAAACCACUGAGCCUAGGGCUUGCCAAUCAGAAGGUUGGCGGUUUGAAUCCCUGCGACGGGGUGCGCUCCCAUUGCUCAGUCCCAGCUCCUGCCAACCUAGCAGUUCAAAAGCACGUCAAAGUGCAAGGUAAAGGGCAUUUCCGUGUGCUGCUCUGGUUCGCCAGAAGUGGCUUAGUCAUGCUGGCCACAUGACCUGGAAGCUGUAUGCCGGCUCCCUCGGCCAAUAACACGAGAUGAGCGCCGCAACCCCAGAGUCGGUCACGACUGGACCUAAUGGUCAGGGGUCCCUUUACCUUUACCUAAUGUCACUUUAUGUGUGUAAAUUUAAUGAAAUUUCCCUCUACAAAUGCAUGUACAGUGGUACCUCAGGUUACAGACACCUGUAUUUGUUUGCCACUAUUCCAGCCUGUUUAAUAAAUAAACUGGGCCCACAGAACUUGUAGCCCACCAAGCUGAACACAGCCCCACAGACACAGGUAUCCAGCUGCGAAAAGAAAAGAAAAGGUGGUUCACGAAGCUGAGUGGACCUAAGAAGGAACCACGACUUGCGUAGACUUAAAUCAGGGGUCAGCAGGGGUCCAGUCCACUGUCCCUCAGACCUUGUGGGGGGCCGGACUAUAUUUUGAAAAAAAUAUAUGAACGAAUUCCUACGCCCCACAAAUAACCCAGAGAUGCAGUUUAAACAAAAGAGCACAUUCUACUCAUGUAAAACCACCAGGCAGGCCCAACAAAUAACCCAGAGAUGCAUUUUAAAUAAAAAAACACACAUUCUACUCAUGAAAAACAUGUUGAUUCCCGGACCGUCCACGCGCCGGAUUUAGAAGGCGAUUGGGCCGCAUCCUGCCCCGGGCCUUAGUUUGGGUACCCCUGACUUAAAUGUUGCCAUUGAUUUUGGCAUGUAAGAUGUAAAAUGUAAGAAGUCUGAAGUUUUGAAUAUUUAAAGCAAAAUAAAAAUAAAAAUAAAGUGCUUUCUAUCUAACAUCUUACAUGCUUACAUUCUUUCAUUCAUUCAUUCAAACAUACAUACAUACUGGUAAAUGAUUUUAUUUGUAUGCCACCUUUCCAGUUAAAACUGCUCAAGGCAGCUUACAACAACACAACAAAAAUAGUCAUAAACAAUAAAUAAAACAUUCAUAAAUACACAACCAAACUGAACAAUUUCCACCUAAAUCACAAGAUCUAAAAUAAAGAUACAAAAAAACCAUCCCCACAUCAACAACGACCCCCAAAACACCCCAGCCCAAGUGUCUGUUCAGCAGCCUCCAUUUUUGUUGCUGGAGUCAGUCAAAGCCACACCCUCACAGUCCAGGUAGAAAAGGCCUGCAAGGCAGGGAGCAGUCCUUCUAGGACUCACAGCCUCUUGAGUCUCUUGAGUGUAAUAAUUAGGUCAGAGAAGCUGCUUUCCAUUCUGCUUGUUUUUGUCAGAGUGGGCGUAGAGCUGCAUAGCGCAAAUUCAUUAUUUACACAUCUCACCUGUCUUGGAAGUGACGCAAGAGCAAAUUUCAGAGAUUUCUGGAAUGUCGGCUGCAAUAAUAUUAUGCAGUUGUUAAAAGGUGUCCCAUUUUGAUUCUUCACCCCAUCCUCAAUAAUAAAUAUUAGUGAUGUGAAGUACAAUAACAACAAAGUUAGUUCUUUUCUAUAAAAAUGCAUGCCACCCAUGAAGUGUACACUUCUUAAGUAUAAAUGCAACAAAUGCAUGUUUACAAAGACUUGUAUCAUACAGGCUUGUUCAUUGGGAGUCUGCCCUGGAGCCAGAAGCAGUGUGUUAAGUGUGCCUAGAGUGUACAUAGUGGUGCCCAGUGCCUUCCCUCAGCUUUGGCUGAUGGCCCAGCUGUGCCCUUACCUGGACAGGGAUAGCCCAAAUUCUCUCAGCUAAACUCUGGUAGCCUCUAGAUUAGAUUACUGCAACAUGUUAUACAUGGAGCUGCCUCUGAAGACAGUUCAGAAACUUCACCUGGUACAGAAUGCAGCAGCCCGGCUGCCCACCGGGGCAAGAUUUUGUUGGCAGCUGUCUGUCUUGAAAGACAAUGGGGUGCCCUUAUGACGCACCCACCACACAACUGAAUAAUGCACCACACACUCACUGGUGGGGAGGGGGGGCACCCACCACCCACCCAUAAACUUUAAGAGGCAAGCCUUUGUGGGGGACAAUGUUCCACACUCUGUGGUGAGGAGGCAGACAGGCAGGGAUGGGGGGAUCCUCUUUUUAAAUCCUUCUUUCUCCUUCCUGGGUUUUAUCCCAGGUCAUGAAAAGUUUACAGUGAGCUUGAAGGAAGAAGAAAUUGAGGAACUGUUGCUCGUCCAGCUGAUGUGGAACUGAGAUUUUGACAUGGUCCACUGGGCAUGAGGAAGGCAAGGUUAUGCACCAUUCAAGUCACAUAUAACUUAUAGAGCAGUACUUCUUAACCGUGUGUGUGUGUGUGUGUGUGUGUGUGUGUCAUUGACCCCCUUGAGACCCCCUUGUGGACCCCCUCCCCAGAACAUAUAAUUGCAAGAUUUUACUGCAGUGGGAUUUUGUGUGUGCGAACAGUUCACAGACCCCCUGAAGCCCAUGCAUGGACCACAGGUUAAGAACCCCCUGUUCUAGAGAUUCCCUUUUUGGCUUGUUAUUUGGGCGAAAUGCUAUUGCUUUAUCAGGAUCCAUUUAUAUUACAUUUAUAAAACUUUAUGAGAGUUAUAUCUAACAAAUAAAAUAUUAUCUCACUGCAAUAUGCGACGUUAUAACAUGAUGCUGUGUGCAAUUAGAAUACUGUAUGUAAAACACCUUUAUUUUAUUUAACAAACAGAGGGAAUUUCCCGAGCCAGAUUUCCAUCUCCCUCUCAUGAAUCAUUAAACUUGACGGGGGAAAAAAAUCACCGGCUCCCUCGGCCUGAAAGCGAGAUGAGCGCCACACCCCACAGUCGCCUUUGACUGGACUUAACCUUCCAGAGGUCAUUUACCUUACCUUUGUUACAAAGGUAUCACAUGGUAGUUUAUUAUGUUAUUUUACAUAAUUAUAUAGUUUAUAGAUAGCUUAAUAUUUACUGCUCGUAAUGUUCAGUGAUCCUUGCUAUUAGGUGUCCUGCCCUGGAUGUGGAAAGCCAGUAAAGAUCAAAUUCUGCCAAGCUCUGUUCAACACACUACACUUGGUUCCAAUUCUGUCUCCUCCCAUGAAGUGCCAUAUUUGAUCCUGGCUCUCCCAGCCCUUGGUCUGUCUUUGGGACCAACCUUGCAGCAGAGUGGAGCAGGGGACAGACACAUACAUGUUUAAAAUCAAAUGCUGGGUACCCUAGCAAGCCCUAAGGAGAAAGGAAGCGUGUGAGAACUCUGCAAGACUAUACAGACCUGUGGUGCACUUUUAAGGUUCUGUGAAGGCGAUAGGGAGGACCCCAGAGAAGCCGAAAACCUAUGAAAAACCAAGGAUGGGCGCCAUUGGCCUUCAGCACGAUCAGUCAACACCAGACAGAGAAGGGCAUAUGGCUUGCCUGCAUUGCGCUGGUUAGGGAAGGAUAAAGAAGUGGGUCAGCACUCUACUUCCUCUGCCAAUCAAGAUAUGUAGAGGGAAGUAAUAAUCUGGGAAGAAGGUCAAGGAGGAGUGUAGCUUCUGUCUCUGCGAGGCUUGGGGGUGGGGGCAACACACAAAGAAUUCCUCUAGUAACCCCAAGGGAAAUCUCAGCUUGAGUCCUUUGUCACAGACCCCGGGAUUCCAGAACUGUAUUUAGAGCAAGGAGAUGUGAUCACAGUGCCCCUUUAAAAGGCUGCUGCUUCUGUUUCUAUUUGACAAGUUGGUUCCUUCCUUGUCUGGUUUCUCUAUUGUAAACAAUAAUGCUAGUGUCUGUGUAAGUGAGCAAACACUCACACACACACAAACACUCACUCACACACAUAUAUAAAUACAUUGUGUUGAUACAUACACAGUAUGGUCUCCCUCUCUCUAUAUGUGAUAUAUGCAUAAUUUUAGAUGCCAACGGAUACAGAAAGACAUGUGGUACCAGUACAAAUUGCCUUGAUCUCCUUUGAGCCCAUGCUAGUGGGAAAUGCCCCCUGCAGGUCUUUUUAUACUGAUGCUAUUUUACCUCCCCUAAUGAAUAUUCAAAAGCUGCAGUCACUGAGGACUCAGGUGGCAAAAAUAGCAAGGUGAUUGAAGCAAGCCCUUCCAUAAAAGCCUAAGUCUACAUUGCUCAGCGCACGGAAAUAGGGUUUGUUACACAGAUUCCUGGCUGUUUGCGCGCAGGGGGUGUGGGUUCUGUUUCCCCCCUUUCGAUCAUGUAAAAGAAAAUUGCCAGGAAAUUCCCUAUGAAUUAGAGGCCUGUUUUGUGCACUCGCAUGAUCACAUCUCCGCCCCUCCCCCCUCCCAAGAUGUGUUGUAAUAAGCAUGUGUUUAGAAAAGAAAGGAAGAAUAAGACAACAGUGCUUUCUGUAAUCCUUGCAGCAAGAUCGAACAUUCAGCAUAAAGGGAACGCUGUUAAGAUAUAGCAAUGCAUGCAUUGUUUUCUACAUAAUGCAGUCAGGGUCUCCAUGGUGAAAUGAAGGGGGGGGGAGAAAUAUAUUUUUUUAUUUUUGUCACCAUCAGCAGUUAAUCUAAAGUGGGAGCUGCUCAAUUUCAUUGUGGGUUAAGUGGCUCACCAUGCAGAACUAAGUGAGGGAGUUUAAAUCAUAACCGUCAUUUUUGAAGGGUGGAUUUCUAAAAUACAUGUGAGUAUUUUUUAAGAAAAACACUGAUCCGACAGGAGUUGUUGCUUUGGAGUGUUUGUAAGAGGAAGCCAUCAUUUCCAGCAUACCCCCUUCAGUGGAAUCACUUAGACACUUCCAGCUGGUGGUGGGGGAUGCAGCCAUAAUACAGCUUUCUCUGUCCCAGCUGUCUUUCUCGUUACGUUAAAUGCAUUAGGAUGGCUGCACCGUUUUGCCGAGCUUCAGGUACAGAAAGGUACUGGAAGAGAUGUUGCAAGCAUGAAUUUGUGUAGUCUCUGCCAGCUUCAUCAAGACCUUUGAAUUGCGAAUGCCUUCCUGGCUCCAGCCACAGCUUUUCUUCCAGGCAUUGCUUGUGAGGAGGGCUGGUUAAAGGUGCCUGAGGAUAUCACCUUAUAUGCCAGGAAGGAUUGUUGCAAAGGGUGUUCUUAAUGCACUAUGGCUCACGCAGCAUCACAGCUCAAGAAAAACAGAGAUUUAGAACUUAACGCCGAAGAGGAAAAUGAGAAAAAGAGGAAACAUAGGAAAAGAUCCAAGGAUCGGAAGAAAAAGUCUGACACCAAUGCAAGUUACCUACGAGCUGCCCGGGCAGGCAACUUAGAAAAGGCUCUUGACUACUUAAAAAGUGGAGUGGACAUCAACAUCUGCAAUCAGAAUGGGUUGAACGCUCUCCAUCUCGCCUCCAAAGAAGGCCAUGUAGAAGUUGUUUCAGAACUGAUACAGAGAGGUGCUAAUGUGGAUGCAGCAACAAAGAAAGGAAACACAGCUCUGCACAUAGCAUCUCUGGCUGGGCAAACCGAAGUGGUGAAAGUGCUGGUUACAAGUGGGGCCAAUGUCAAUGCACAGUCACAGAAUGGCUUCACGCCAUUAUAUAUGGCAGCCCAAGAAAAUCAUCUGGAAGUGGUUAAGUUUCUUCUUGAUAAUGGGGCAAGCCAGAGCCUUGCCACAGAGGAUGGAUUCACACCGUUGGCCGUAGCUCUUCAACAGGGCCAUGACCAGGUGGUUUCCUUGUUGCUUGAAAAUGACACGAAGGGGAAAGUCCGUCUUCCUGCUCUCCACAUUGCUGCUCGCAAGGAUGACACCAAGGCAGCUGCAUUGUUGCUGCAGAAUGACCACAAUGCAGAUGUGGAGUCCAAGAGCGGCUUCACACCUCUGCAUAUAGCUGCCCACUAUGGAAAUAUUAACGUAGCUACGUUGCUUCUAAAUCGCGGUGCUGCUGUGGAUUUUACUGCAAGGAAUGAUAUCACUCCAUUACAUGUAGCAUCAAAGAGAGGGAAUACCAACAUGGUUAAGCUGCUGCUUGACAGAGGAGCAAAAAUUGAUGCCAAAACAAGGGACGGGCUGACACCUCUCCACUGCGGGGCACGAAGUGGCCAUGAACAGGUUGUGCGGAUGCUGCUUGACCGAGGUGCCCCAAUCCUUUCAAAAACGAAGAAUGGCUUGUCUCCAUUGCACAUGGCGACGCAAGGGGACCACCUCAACUGUGUCCAGCUUCUCAUUGAGCACAAUGUGCCUGUGGAUGAUGUCACGAAUGACUAUCUGACGGCGCUGCAUGUUGCCGCCCACUGUGGCCACUACAAAGUUGCGAAAGUUUUGUUGGACAAGAAAGCUAAUCCUAAUGCCAAAGCACUGAAUGGUUUCACACCUCUCCACAUUGCCUGCAAAAAGAACAGAAUUAAAGUGAUGGAACUUUUGCUGAAACAUGGAGCCUCUAUCCAAGCUGUCACUGAGUCGGGUCUGACUCCGAUCCAUGUUGCUGCCUUCAUGGGACAUGUAAAUAUUGUUUCACAGCUGAUGCAUCAUGGAGCAUCGCCCAACACAACCAAUGUGCGGGGAGAGACAGCACUCCAUAUGGCCGCCAGAGCUGGCCAAUCGGAAGUUGUUCGAUAUUUAGUCCAGAAUGGAGCUCAGGUAGAAGCUAAAGCCAAGGAUGACCAAACACCGCUGCACAUCUCUGCGCGACUGGGAAAAGCUGACAUAGUGCAGCAGCUGUUACAGCAAGGAGCGUCUCCCAACGCCCCCACAACUUCAGGGUAUACACCGUUGCACCUUUCAGCACGGGAAGGACAUGAAGAUGUAGCAUCAGUCCUUAUGGACCACGGCGCAUCCUUAAGCAUAACUACCAAGAAAGGAUUUACUCCUCUACAUGUGGCAGCCAAGUACGGCAAAAUUGAAGUAGCCAACCUCUUGCUUCAGAAGAAUGCAUCUCCAGAUGCUGCUGGAAAGAGUGGUUUAACUCCACUGCAUGUUGCGGCACAUUACGAUAAUCAGAAAGUGGCACUGCUUCUCUUGGACCAGGGAGCCUCACCUCACGCCUCUGCAAAGAAUGGUUACACGCCACUUCAUAUAGCUUCCAAGAAGAACCAGAUGGAUAUAGCAACCACAUUACUGGAAUAUGGUGCCGAUGCGAAUGCUGUGACCAGGCAGGGCAUUGCUCCUGUGCAUCUUGCCUCCCAGGAGGGCCAUGUGGACAUGGUGUCAUUGCUUCUCACCAGAAAUGCUAAUGUGAAUCUUAGCAACAAGAGUGGCUUGACUCCACUCCACCUGGCUGCACAAGAAGACCGAGUCAACGUGGCCGAGGUCCUCGUUAACCAAGGUGCUGUCGUGGAUGCACCCACCAAGAUGGGGUAUACCCCGUUACAUGUUGGCUGCCAUUAUGGAAACAUAAAGAUAGUUAAUUUUCUCCUGCAGCAGUUUGCAAAAGUUAAUGCCAAAACAAAGAAUGGUUACACCCCUCUGCACCAAGCAGCUCAACAGGGACACACCCAUAUAAUCAAUGUCCUGCUCCAGAAUGGCGCAUCACCCAAUGAACUCACUGUGAAUGGGAACACUGCCCUUGCCAUUGCCAAACGACUUGGCUACAUUUCAGUCGUUGACACUCUAAAGGUGGUAACAGAAGAGACCAUGACAACGAUUACUGUCACAGAAAAGCAUAAAAUGAAUGUACCGGAAACAAUGAAUGAAGUUUUGGACAUGUCCGAUGAUGAGGUUCGUAAAGCGAAUGCCCCUGAAAUUCUCAGUGAUGGUGAAUAUAUUUCAGAUGUUGAAGAAGGUGAAGAUGCAAUGACAGGAGAUACGGACAAGUAUCUUGGGCCACAGGAUCUAAAAGAACUGGGAGAUGAUUCUCUGCCUGCAGAAGGAUACAUGGGCUUCAGCCUAGGAGCCCGAUCUGCCAGCCUCCGCUCCUUCAGUUCGGAUAGGUCCUACACUUUGAACAGAAGUUCUUUUGCCCGGGACAGCAUGAUGAUCGAAGAACUCUUGGUGCCCUCAAAGGAUCCGCAUCUGACGUUUCCAAGAGAAUUUGACUCUGAUUCGCUCAGGCACUAUAGCUGGGCCGCAGACACCUUGGACAAUGUCAAUCUUGUCUCCAGCCCCAUCCAUUCUGGUUUUCUGGUUAGUUUUAUGGUUGAUGCACGCGGGGGUUCAAUGAGGGGCAGCCGUCAUCAUGGCAUGAGGAUUAUUAUUCCACCGCGUAAAUGCACAGCACCCACUCGCAUCACCUGCCGCUUGGUAAAGAGGCACAAACUGGCCAGCCCUCCACCAAUGGUUGAAGGAGAAGGAUUGGCUAGUAGACUGGUAGAAAUGGGGCCUUCCGGAGCACAGUUUUUAGGUCCUGUCAUAGUGGAAAUCCCUCAUUUUGGAUCGAUGCGAGGAAAGGAAAGAGAACUGAUUGUGCUUCGAAGUGAAAACGGUGAAACGUGGAAGGAACAUCAGUAUGACAGCAGGCAUGAAAACCUCACUGAAAUACUGAACGGCAUGAAUGAAGAAUUGGACAGCGCAGAGGAACUUGAGAAGAAGCGUAUCUGCAGAAUUGUCACGAAGGACUUUCCUCAGUACUUUGCUGUGGUUUCACGAAUUAAGCAAGAAAGCAACCAGAUUGGUCCAGAGGGUGGCAUUCUGAGCAGCACAACUGUGCCUCAAGUCCAGGCUUCCUUCCCUGAAGGAGCAUUAACUAAGCGGAUACGAGUGGGCCUGCAGGCUCAACCAGCUCCAGAUGAAACAGUCAAGAAAAUCCUUGGUAACAAAGCAACAUUCAGCCCCAUUGUCACUGUGGAACCAAGAAGAAGAAAAUUCCAUAAGCCAAUCACCAUGACAAUUCCUGUGCCACCCCCUUCAGGGGAAGGGAUAACCAAUGGAUACAAAGGAGACACAACACCCAGCCUCCGGCUACUGUGUAGCAUAACAGGAGGUACUUCACCAGCUCAGUGGGAAGAUAUCACAGGAACCACUCCACUGACUUUUGUAAAUGAUUGUGUCUCUUUCACAACCAACGUUUCAGCCAGAUUUUGGCUAGCAGACUGCCAUCAAGUUCACGAAACUGUCGGGUUGGCCACACAGCUUUAUAGGGAGUUAAUAUGUGUUCCCUACAUGGCCAAGUUUGUCAUUUUUGCCAAAAUGAAUGAUGCAGUGGAAUCCAAUUUGCGCUGCUUCUGCAUGACAGACGAUAAAGUCGACAAAACUUUGGAGCAGCAAGAGAAUUUUGAAGAAGUUGCAAGAAGUAAAGAUAUUGAGGUUUUGGAAGGAAAGCCUAUUUAUGUGGAUUGCUACGGGAAUCUAGCCCCUUUGACAAAAGGAGGACAGCAGCUUGUAUUUAAUUUUUAUGCUUUCAAAGAAAACAGACUGCCAUUUUCUAUCAAGAUUAGAGACACCAGCCAAGAACCUUGUGGUCGCUUAUCAUUUCUGAAAGAACCAAAGACUACAAAGGGUCUGCCACAAACAGCUGUUUGCAAUUUGAAUAUCACCUUGCCAGCACACAAAAAGGAAACAGAGUCUGAUCAAGAUGAUGAGACCGAGAAAACAGACCGGCGACAGAACUUUGUGUCCCUUGCUUUACGUAAGCGCUACAGCUAUCUGACUGAGCCUGGAUUGAAAACAGUUGAACGAAGUGCAGGAGCAACAAGAUCCCUACCUGCUACCUAUUCAUACAAGCCAUUCUUUUCAGCAAGACCGUAUCAGUCUUGGACAACAGCACCGAUUACUGUGCCUGGGCAUUCCAAAUCAGGCUUCACUUCUCUAUCAAGCUCUUCCUCUAACACUCCAACAGCUUCUCCAUUAAAAUCAAUAUGGUCCGUUUCUUCUGCUUCACCAAUCAAAUCCACAUUAGGAGCCUCCACUACGUCUUCAAUUAAAUCUGUUAGCGAUGUAGCUUCUCCAAUUAGAUCAUUUCGGACAAUCUCCUCUCCAAUAAAAACCGUGGUCUCACAGCCUCCAUAUAAUAUCCAAGUCUCUUCUGGUUCUUUCGUCAGAGCACCCACAGUAACUGAAGCCACUAGUUUGAAAGGGCUGGCAUCCGCAUUCCCCUCUCGGACAUCUCCAGUGACUACAGCUGGGUCUCUUUUGGAGAGAUCAUCCAUUACCAUGACGCCUCCAGCAUCCCCCAAAUCGAACAUUAACAUGUACUCUUCAAGUUUGCCAUUUAAGUCAAUCAUCACAUCAGCAUCACCACUUUUAUCUUCACCUUUAAAGUCAGUGGUGUCUCCUGCUAAGUCAGCAGUUGAUGCUGUUUCACCAUCUAAGGUCACGAUGGCUUCAUCCCUCACUUCCCCUGUGAAACACACAGUCGGGCAUACAGAGGUAGCCAUGGUUAACGGAUCCAUGUCACCUUUGAAAUAUCCGUCCCCUGCCAAUUUAAUCAAUGGAGCUAAAGCCACAGCCACAUUUCAAGACAAGAUCACUGCAGCAACCAGUUCUGCAAGUUGUGCUGUUAAUGCAGCAACUGAUACUGUUGAGAAAAUGUUUUCAACCACAACUGCAACCCCAUUUUCUCCACUCAGGUCGCAUGUGUCUUCAACUCCAUCAGCCUUUCAGUCAAUAAGAACUACUCCUGCAGGUGUAUUGUACACAUCUCUUGGGUCAAUAUCAGCAACUACCUCGUCAGUAACUUCAUCAACUAUCACAGUCCCAGUAUAUUCUGUAGUCAAUGUUUUGUCUGAACCAGCACUAAAGAAGCUCCCAGAGUCAUCCUCCCUUACAAAAUCGGCAGCUGCGUUGCUAUCGCCUAUUAAAACAUUGACUACAGAGACACGCACACAGCCUCACUUUAACCGAACCUCAUCUCCUAUAAAAUCAUCCUUGUUUUUAGCACCCUCUGCUCUUAAGUUAUCCGUACCAUCUUCUUUAUCUUCUAGUCAGGAGAUGUUAAAAGAUGUGGCUGAGAUGAAAGAGGACCUAAUAAGAAUGACAGCGAUAUUGCAGACAGAUGUAAUGGAGGACAAGGAAUUCCAGCCAGAACUAACAAAGGAGGGUAGAAUAGAUGAUGAAGAACCUUUUAAAAUUGUUGAGAAAGUAAAAGAGGACUUAGUAAAAGUUAGUGAGAUACUGAAAAAAGAUGUGUGUUUAGAAAAGAAAGCAUCAACCAAGCUAUCAAAAAAUGAUAAAGGACACUCUUCUGAGGAUGAAUGGGUAGAGUUCAGUGCAGAUGAGAUUGAUGAAGCAAGACGGCAAGGCAUGACAUAUCCUCCUAUAUCUAUUCCUGAAAAGGUGCAAAUUAAAGCGAAGGCUGUAUCUGAAAAGGAUUAUAACUUGACUAAAGUCAUUGAUUAUUUGACGAAUGACAUUGGUAGUAGUUCUCUGGCAAGUCUGAAGUACAAGUUUGAAGAGGGGAAAAGAGAAGGUGAAGAGAGACAAAAAAGAGUUUUAAAACCAGCCAUUGCAUUGCAAGAACACAAACUUAAAAUGCCUCCAGCCUCCAUGAGGCCUUCUACUUCAGAAAAAGAGUUGUGUAAAAUUGCAGAUUCCUUUUAUGGAACUGAUACUAUUUUGGAGUCUCCCGAUGACUUUUCCCAACAUGACCAAGACAAAAGUCCUUUGUCUGACAGUGGCUUUGAAACAAGAAGCGAGAAAACUCCUUCAGCCCCACAAAGCGCCGAGAGCACAGGGCCAAAACCACUUUUCCAUGAUGUACCCAUCCCUCCGGUCAUUACAGAGACAAGAACUGAGGUGGUUCACGUGAUCCGUAGCUAUGAACCUUCAUCAGAAGAAGUUCCUGAACCUCAAGCAGAAGAGCCGCCAUCAACGAAAAUGGCACCUACUUUUAUGGAACUGGAACCCAGGCCAAACGGAGGAUCUAUCAAAGAAAAAAUGAAAGCCUUUCAAAUGAAAGCCAGUAAUGAAGAUGAAGACCACAAAUGUGUUCUUGGUAAAGGUGUCCGUGUAAAAGAAGAAACUCAUAUAACUACCACUACCAGAAUGGUUUACCAUAAGCCUCCGUGCACUGAGAGUUCUUCAGAACGAAUUGAAGAAACCAUGUCUGUUCAUGAUAUAAUGAAAGCUUUUCAGUCAGGACGCGAUCCUUCCAAAGAGUUGGCAGGUCUGUUUGAACACAAGUCUUCGGUAACAUCAGAUGUUAGCAAGUCUACUGAAAUUUCACCACAACAUACAGAGAAGGACAGCAAAAUGAAACCCAAACUGGAGCGUAUAAUAGAGGUCCAUAUCGAAAAAGGUAAUGAGGCUGAACCUACUGAAGUCAUUAUUAGAGAAACAAAAAAGCACCCAGAGAAAGAAAUGUAUGUUUAUCAGAAAGACUUACCUCGAGGUGAUUUGGAGAAACAUGAUGCUCUUCCUUGUUCAGAUGAACAAGGUCAGCAAGAAGAAGAAGAACUGACAGCAGAAGAGUCCCUACCUUCUUAUCUGGAGUCUUCUAGAGUUAAUACUCCCGUGUCUCAGGAAGAAGACAGUCGCCCUAGUUCUGCCCAACUUAUGUCUGAUGACUCGUACAAAACACUGAAGCUUCUGAGUCAGCACUCAGUAGAGUACCAUGACGAUGAGUUGUCAGAACUAAGAGGGGAGUCUUACAGGUUUGCUGAGAAAAUGCUGCUCUCAGAAAAGCUAGAUGUGUCUCACUCUGAUACUGAGGAGUCAGUUACUGACCAUGUUCUACCCCUUAGCUCAGACUUUCAGGGGCAUGAUAAACGAUGCAGAGAAAAAAUAGCCACAGCCCCCCCAAAAGAAAUCCUCACCAAAAUCUCUAAAGAUAUAUCAGAAAAUGGUGUAGGUAAAAUGUCUAAAGAUGAUCAUUAUGAUAAAGUGACAGUGUUACAUUAUACCGGAGAUGUUAGUAGCCCAAAGCACGCAAUGUGGAUGCGCUUUACUGAGAACAGAUUAGACAGAGGUAGAGAAAAGUUGAUGUAUGAAGACAGGGUGGACAGGACUGUUAAGGAGGCAGAAGAAAAACUGACAGAAGUAUCACAGUUCUUCCGGGACAAAACAGAGAAACUGAAUGAUGAACUGCAAUCUCCAGAGAAAAAGCAGCAGAAAAGGAAUGGGAAAGAAGCACACUCUGGCCAUAGUUCAACCAGCAGCAGCCCCGAAAAGGUGACGAUUUCUGAGCUGCAGAGUUCAAAGGAUGACUGGACUAGAGGAGGACCCUUUGGCCAUUGUGGGAAGAGCUUCCCAAAAGCUGACGAAAGAAAAGCAGCUAGUUUGCCUAGCAGUCCUGAGAGAAGGGCUCUUGCGCAACAGGCCGAGGACUCUAAGCAGUUGAUGGAGCAGAAAGGAACAGCUCAGAAGAGUAGGACACCUGAGGCUUCACCAACCGGAUUCCAGCUGAAGCAAUCCAAACUCAGUUCUAUUAGGCUGAAGUUUGAACAGAGCAUAGGCUCAAAGAAUAAGGAUCUACAUCAUGAUGAUAAGAAGCAGGACACUCAGUCUAAAAUCCCAGUGAAAAAAAUGCAAGAGAGCAAGCUCCCAGUCUAUCAGUUUUAUGCAAGAGAAAAGCAUGCAAAAGAAGUAGACCUCGCAGAUGGGAGUAUAACACUACAGAGGGAAUCUCCUGCUAGCAAAUUAAAAGAUGGUGCCCAGGGUAAAGGCAAAGCGAUGGAAGAUGCUGCUGAUUCAGAUGUACUCAGACACAGAAAUGAAAUGCCAAGUAAGAAUGUUCCAGAAGGCUUUGCAGAGCAGAAGCUGAAAGGUUUGGCGUACAGUACGAGCUCAGAUACUGCAUCAGCCAAGGGGCAUUGGGAUAAAAAGGUCUAUAGGACAUGGGAAACCCCUGGAACAUUUGCCCAUAACACACAGAAAGAAAAACUAUCCCAUGUGCUUGUUCAGGAUGCAGUAAAAGACAAUCACAUUGACCACCCUGAGACUAAAGAUAUGGGCAGAGCCAGUGAAUUCAUCACUGUGACAGAGCAUGAGCACAAGGUGUCAAUGAGCGGGUCCCAUUCAAAGGAGGUGAAGGAAGUGACCGUAAAAUCUCCGUCCAAAAAGGUCCUUUAUAGAGAAUAUUUUGUCAGAGAAGGAGAGCCCCCCAGUGAAGUGAUGGAUAAAACCUCAAAGAAAAAAGAACCACUGACUGCAUCCCACAUUCCAGUCAGAAUUUCAGAAGAAAAACGAAUGUUAUCAGCUGGCAUUCCCGAUGGAGUUCAUGAACAGCUAAAACAUGCAGCACAUGAACUGUCAGCUAAAGUGCCCCAUGCUAGUGUGGCAAAGGAAAAAACAGAGAGGAAUUUUGAUUAUACAGAGCAUGUUAAAAAUAAGUAUUCAGAAUUUUGUCAGUUUAGCAGUAGGCACAUCAAAUUAAGUCCUCCUGUGGAGGAUGCUGAGCUAUCCCUUAGUAAAUCACCUGAUUCUUUAGAAAAUAGCCCAGGAAAGGAGUCUCCCUCAAGGGACUUUGACCCUAUUCAUAGUGAUAACUUGGCAAAAUCAGCCCCUUUAGCAACAGCUGAAGGAACAAAAGAGAUAAAAACCUUACCCGUUUAUGUCAGUUUUGUUCAAGUAGGGAGGCAAUAUGAAAGGGAGGUGCAACAAGGAAAUAUUAAAAAAAUUGUAAGUCAGGAAAGUAAGACGGUACAAGAGACAAGGGGGGGCUUUUACACCACAAGGCAGCAGAAACAGCUUCCUUCUCCACAAGGCAGUCCAGAAGAUGACACAUUAGAACAAGUGUCCUUUAUAGAUAGUUCUGGGAAAAGUCCAUUAACACCUGAAACUCCUAGCUCAGAGGAAGUGAGUUACGAGUUUACAUCUAAAACGCCUGAUUCACUAAUUGCUUAUAUACCAGGCAAACCCAGUCCUAUCCCUGAGGUUUCUGAGGAGUCUGAAGAGGAAGCAGAGGCUAAGUCAACCUCUGUAAAACAGGUCACUGUUGAUCCACCAAAAAUUGACAGAGUGCUGCCCAGUAGCUUAGACAGAGAUUCUAAUAAAAGGCCCAAAGGGAACCGGGUUGCGUACAUUGAGUUCCCUCCUCCUCCUCCGCUAGAUGCCGAUCAGACAGAAUCAGAAAAGCAGCGCCACUCCUCUGAGAGUGAAAUGGAGAUGAUAGAAGUAAACCUACGGGAUGAACAUGACAAAUAUCAGCUGGCUGAACCACUCAUAAGAGUACAGCCACCUUCUCCUGGGCCACCAGGAGAAGAUCUUAGUGACUCCAGCGAUGAUGAAUCCCUGUAUCAGCCUGUUCCCAUUAAAAGAUACAUGUUUAAAUUGAAUGAUGUUGAAGAUGGCCAGAAGGAAGGCUCCAAGCAUAAAUUGCCUGUGAAAAGAGAGAAUGGGAAACCUAAUGAUUUUGAUCUUAGCCUCGAUUCUCCCCAGAAUGAUAUUGCGCAAAAUGGGAACAAUGACCAGUCUGUCACUGAGUGUUCCAUAGCAACCACUGCAGAAUUUUCCCAUGAUACAGAUGCAACUGAAAUUGACUCUCUUGAUGGGUAUGAUCUACAAGAUGAAGAUGAUGGCUUAACCGAGAGUGAUUCCAAACUUGCAGGUCCAGCAGUGGAAAUCAAAAAAGACAUAUGGGCUACAGAAGGCAUUUUGAAACAGACUGAUCGGUGUUUUAGCCAAAGUAAGCUGGAAGUUAUUGAGGAGGAAGAAAAAGUUGGUACUGAAGAAAACAAACUUUUAUCAAAAUGUCCAGCAGCUGAAAAAAGUGCCGAUAAGACUGAACAAAAAUCAGGGGCACAGUUUUUCACUUUGGAAGGCAGGCACCCUGACAGGACUGUGUUUCCUGAUACAUAUUUCAGUUACAAAGUAGAUGAAGAGUUUGCGACCCCUUUUAAGACAGUAGCUACUAAAAGCCUAGAUUUUGACCCUUGGUCCAAUAACCGUGGUGAUGAUGAAGUGUUUGAAUCCAAAUCGAGGGAUGACGAGGCUAAGCCUUUUGGCCUUGCCGUAGAAGACAGAUCUCAGGCGACAACCCCAGAUACGACACCAGCCAGAACUCCAACUGAUGAAAGUACACCAACUAGUGAGCCCAAUCCCUUCCCGUUUCACGAAGGGAAGAUGUUUGAGAUGACUCGCAGUGGCGCAAUUGACAUGAGCAAGAGGGAUUUUGUUGAAGAAAGACUCCAAUUUUUUCAGAUUGGUCCACAGAGUCCAUGUGAACGGACAGAUAUAAGGAUGGCAAUAGUGGCCGAUCACCUGGGACUUAGUUGGACGGAACUGGCAAGAGAGCUGAAUUUUUCUGUUGAUGAAAUUAAUCAAAUCCGGGUAGAAAACCCAAACUCUUUGAUUGCUCAGAGCUUCAUGUUGUUAAAGAAAUGGGUUACCAGAGAUGGGAAAAAUGCUACAACUGAUGCCUUAACCUCUAUAUUGACAAAAAUCAAUCGGAUUGAUAUUGUAACUUUGUUGGAAGGACCAAUAUUUGAUUAUGGAAACAUUUCAGGCACCAGAAGCUUUGCAGAUGAAAAUAAUGUUUUCCAUGAUCCUGUUGAUGGUUGGCAGAGUGAGGCCUCCAGUGUCAAUGUAGAGCCACCAACACCAGGACGCAGAAUAAGCGGCGAAUUGCUGGAUCGACUAGAUGACAGCCCUGACCAGUGUAGAGAUUCUAUUACCUCAUAUUUCAAAGGAGAAGCAGGAAAAUUGGAAACCAAUGGAAGCUACUCAGAAUCUACAACAGAAGCAAAGACUAAGCCUUUUGUUCAGGAGUCUGCAAAGAGCCUAGGAAAACACAGCGACAAGGAAACUGUGAAACCAAAAACGCAAAGUUCUCUCCGAACUGAGCAGCAAACCAUCUCAUUAACGUCGCAUCAGAAAUCUUUGCAAGAGGCAAGCAAGCCAGCAGUUGAUACACCUAAAACCUCUGUGCCUGUCAGCAUGAAAAAGACGAGCUGGAAUACUUCUGAUGACAGCAAGCUGAGACCAAAAGCCCAGGAAGAGGAAGGAGCAACAUCGUCCGAACAAAAGAUUCAUGUUUGUCUUUUAAAUGAGCUGGUAAAAUGUACUAAAAACUGCAUUUAUCAGGAGUAUAGUGAGAGUGACAGUGACAUUGAGAUUCAGAGUGAUUCAAGCUCAGAUGAAGAACAGAGAAUCACUACAAGGGUUUAUCGGCGACGUUUGAUUCUGAAGGGUGAGGAGGCAAAAAACAUUCCUGGUGAAUCUGUUACAGAAGAACAGUUUACUGAUGAAGAAGGCAACCUCGUCACCCGAAAAGUUACCCGGAAAGUGUUAAGGCGUGUUGUUAUCCCACAUGAGAAAAAACCUGGUGACAUGGUAACCAGUCAGGGAGAAGGUUAUAAGAUGAAGACGAAGAAGGAAGUCCGGCAUGUGGAGAAGACAACGUAUUCAUAACAUACAAACAGCAAAUGACUGUGUACGCUUUUACUGCCAGUAUUCUAGAGAGAAACUCAAGGAAAUGGGGAAAAAAAUCAACAGGAAUUUUCAAGUCACUGAUAAAGCGUGUGUGUGUGUGUGUGUUUGCUGCUUCCACACAUUAACCGCAUGGAUUUUAUGCGAAGAACAAAAAAAAUUUAAUUUAGCAUGAGCCAGUUCUACAAGAGCAUGGAAAUUCACUUUCAUUCACAACAUUGGAGAGUGUGCAAUGGAGAACGAUGCAGUGUAUAUACAAGAUUCCCACACUGGAACAGCUUCAUUGAAGCAAUUUGAUGUCAUCUGAAAAAAGGAAUUCCUGUAGGAUGAGGGGAUGUAACGACGCUGAAAAAAUGGUUCAAACCACAGAAAGACACUAAAAUUUACUAAAAUCCACAACAGCUCGCCUUAUUUUUCUUGGACCCAAACUGUCAGGGUAAUAAAAUACUCUUUCUUUUUUUCUCUUUUUUUAAGGAAAAAAAACUAACAUCAAUAGUUUCACUGUAAAUAAAUAACACUGUAUAAAUUCUAAGAAGAAGUAGAAUAAAUGUUGAUAAUUCUUAGCUCACAAACGGAAUAUUGCAUUCAUGUUGAACAGAAAUCAGUGUCUCAAACGGCUACACCUGCAGGGGUAUUCUGGGUGUAUCUUCACAGAUUCUUGUAUAUUUAGCGAUUAUAAUGUUUGUAUAUGCAAAACGCUAGCUUGAUUUUAAAAAAAAUCUUUAAAAUCUGCUGCAAAUUUAAUGAUUCCUAAAAGGAGGAAUUCUGUAGUUCUGUGAAAAAAAAUUUUUUUCUUCAGAGUACUAAUAUUUUGAUGCAUGCGAUUCACCUUAUUUUGAUGAAAUCUUUUCCAGUUUUGCAAACACUAGGCCGCAAUGUGACAAAUAAAACUCUGGGGGGUGCAAUCAACCAAGCACAGCUGCUAAGCCCCCCCCCCGCAUUUAAAUGGGGCUUGCAGUGGGCUCCAGCACAACCGCCACUGAAAAUGAAGGCUGGUUACACAGCAGCAGUGCUUGGCGGAGUGUGCCCUUUACCUGUAAACACAAAGCCCUUCAUCUAAUAUUUGUUGCUGUUGCCAACUUUUUCAAUGGAAACGACCUGAAAUUUAAAGAAACCAUAACAUAUACAGUAGUUGCAUUAUAGGGAGGGGGGUGCUAUCUGUUCUUGCUUUAUACCAGGGGGAAUAUGCUUGCAGCUUUUAGAAGUGGGUUGGUGCUCUUGUCAGCACAAGUUUGG